GACCUUUGCCCCCCACCUGACCCCCUUCCAGCUUGUGUAGGGGGUCGCCAUCUUGUGCGGGUCGGCGGUGAAGGAGAUUCCGUAGCCGCUGCUGUGUCGCGAUGCCGGACGACUGGGACCCGGAGGUGUACAAGAAGCCGCCGAGCCGCACCCCCAUCCCCGAGAAGCGGACGUCGCUGCCUAACCCGGUCACCAUCAUCGAGACCGUCUUCUACUACACCGUCGACGCGCCGGUCACCUUCUUCCGAGAAUGGAUUGAGCGCCAACAUGCGAAGAAAAAAUUUUACUACUAUCAUCGGAAUUACCGCCGUGUGCCGGAUGUGACUGAGUGUUUGGAGGAUGACUAUGUAUGCAUCUUUGAAGCUAAUGCACAGUGGAAGAGGGACAAGAAAGUUGAUCAGGAAAUUGUGAAGAUAAUUCAGGAAAGGCUAGGAGCUUGCCAGCAGAGGGAAGGACAUAGCUAUGUUCAGAACUGUGCAAAGGAGAUAGAGCAGUUUGCUCAGGUUGCUCGAGGCUAUCAAGAUAGAUAUGCUGAUCUUGGUUUCUUUGGAACUGCAAGAAGCUGUUUAAUGAAGCAGAAACAUAGAAUGAUUGCAGAAAGAAAAGCACAAGCAGAAGCAAAAGACUAAGCUCAAAUCCUCAGUGUUUGAAGGUAAUUACCACAGUUCUCUUCAGAUAAAGUUGCUUUUAACAGCUUUAGUGACUAGCCCUGUGAAUCACUACUGCUGUAUUGAAGUAUUAUCCCAUCCUUGACUGUCAGAAAAUUUAGGUUGCCUUCUAUGGGUGGCCCUAUGGAACUGAUAGCUUGUAAGUACUUAAAUUAUUUGUAAAGACUACUUUUGUCUAGAAGUGUACACACAUUGCCACUUCACCAGUGGUUUAUUAGUUUUACUAGUUCCUAUGUAUGGUCUACAUUAGUUGGUCUGUCAGACUGACUUUUAAUGAAAGCUACCAUCAGAUCCCACAGAACAAGUUAGUUUUAUCUGAUCUCAUUUCUAGAGCAGCAUACCCCCUUUAGUAGUGAGAAGUUUCAGUCUGGGCCCACAUCAGUGAGUAGUGGGUAUCUUUACACUAACUCCCAACAACAGUAUUGUUUUAGACAUACAACCUCAAAGAUCUUCUGGUUUCUUUCAGCAUCACUUACAGGGGAGUCUUCAGUGCUUUACUUGCAUUUGAUCUCUGCUUCCAUUUUUUAAAAACAAAGUCUUCCAAAAAAUUAAUCAUGACUGUUUGUUUCAGUAAUCCUAUUACAUGCUGAUCAUUCAAACCUAAUUCACUUAAUCUUUUCUCUGAGGAAAAAGUUUCCUCUGUCCCACCAGUUAUUGUAAGUUGUUGAACAAGCAAGUGCUGCUGUCACUGAAUUCAUUUGUUUGGGCAAGUCAAUCAGGGGAAAAAAAAAAACUUACUUUUCAAGUAGCAAGUUUUUAAAAAGUCAUUCAGAUGUUUAGCAUAUAAAGGAUGUCAAAAGUAACUGGCUACUGUAUCACAUUUAGCAUAUGUUCAGCUGAACCUUUCACUGUACCCAUACCUUUCAUGGGCAGAGAUUUCACUUAAACACAGAAAUCCACAUUGUAAGCUGAAUCUGCAUCCCCCCUCCAAUGGAUUAAAAAUCCACCAAACUCUUGUUCAUUUAUCACUUUAUUUUGUACAAAAACAUUUAAGUAGUUGCCACAGCAGCCGCCUGGGUUCUCUGCACUGAAACUCUGGUGUGGGUCUUAGCCAGAUGAUCAGUGAAUUCCUGCAAAAGAAUGAGACAUUUCACUGCCUUGAACCAAAUGAUGUUGGAGGCCUCACUGUACAGCAGAUCCAUUUUAAACUAGAGACUGAGUUUUGACAAACUUAAUUGCAUCUUUCCCUGAACCCUCCAAGCUUCCUCCCUCCCCAUUUUAUUCUCUAGCUAGCUUGGCAUCCAGGAAAUACCAAUGACCAACUUGGAGAGAGUCCAGGGGAGCAACAAAAACAAUAAAAAGGUUAAAAACUAAGUAUAUUUAAGCUUGAAAAAAGCCUGGGGGACCUGAUAAGUCUUCAGAUAUAUUAUGGGCUUUUAUAAAGAGGACAAUGAUGGUUGUUCUCAGUCCACUGAAGAUAGGACAAGUAGUAUUGGGCUUAAUAUGCAGCAAGGAAAAUUUAGGUUAGAUACUAGGAAAACCAACUAAGGGUAGUUAUGGACUGGAAUCCCAAUCAGUGAAGGUUUAAGAACAAGUUAGACAAAACCUGUCAGGGAUUGUUUAGGUAUACCUGAGUCCUGCCUCAGCACAGGGGCUGAACAAAAUGACUUCUCAAAGUCUCUUCCAGGCCUACAUUUCUAUGAUUCUAUAUGAAACCACAUCCUCACUUUAUUAACUGCAAUAGACAUUUUAAGGAAGUCCACUCCUAAUGAAGUCAGCCUUCAGGAGUUUGGCAUGAUGAACUCUGAGAUGAACAAAUGCACUGAUUUAAUUCUUACCUGAUAUGGAGACUUGGUGAACACAGUCUCCUUCCAGAGGUCAGGGGUCAGAUAACUGUAGGUCUUGGAGAUCGCAUCAAAGGUGGCUUUAGCUAUUGAGAAAAGUCAGACAUUGCACUGUGUUACACAGUACCAAUGAGAGGCCCCAACAAAGCUGGGACUCCAUUGUGCAAGGCACAAUACAGACAGCAAAAGCCAGUGCCUGCCUCAGAAUUUAAUGGCAGGCAAUCUAGAAAACAUGUAGAGUCUGAAAAGGAACAGGGAGACCAUAUCACACGGUCCCUCUGCCGUGCAUACUGAACUCAUUUUCUCUCUCUCUCUAAUGACGACAAUUACACUACUUCACCAAGUGUAAUUGAGCAGAGCUGAGAGAAUUUUGAACAGAACACACAGGAGGAGGACACUUCAUAAUUCAAUGCCUCAAAGCCUUUAUUACAAGACAUUAACUUCAGAAUAAAUUUUGGUAGGAUCAGUCUGCACUGAACAAUCUGGUAGUAUAUGGAGCUCAAUUCCAGUUUGAUAAGGGCUUUAACAGCUAAAAUAAGUAUUAAAUAAAACAGGUAAUUUAGUCAUCCACUGGGACUAUAUUACAAAGGCACCCAAAAUGGCCAGAGGCACAGUAUGAUUUUAAGACAGUUUAAACUGCUAACAAAUUGGACAUCUGGCCCAAAAUGUAACUUACCAAAGUUGCCCAGUGUAGCAGUACAACCCCUAGCUGAAGUAUAGCAGUCAUCAAUUCCAGCCAUCAUCAGCAGUUUCUUUGGAACAGGGGCAGAUACAAUUCCUGUACCACGGGGUGCUGGGAUCAGACGCACCAGAACAGAUCCACAACGACCAGUAACCUAAACAAAACAGCAGGUUACAUUCAACUAAUCUAUGAGAAUAUUUAAUCUCUGAUAACUCCUUCAUGCUUUGAAGUGCAGCAGAGCUACAGUGAAGCAAAUUAGUCUUUACCUUGCAAGGUACAGUAUGAGGCUUGCCAAUCUUGUUACCCCAGUAGCCUCGUCGUACUGGUACAAUGGAUAGUUUAGCCAAGAUGAUU